GCAACCUACCCCAACAGACAAGUCAUCUUCCUCCUCGGCCUACGGCGCGGCGGAGACAUGGCGGCGGGCGGCGACCUCACCGACGAGGAGCGCCGCGCGCUCCGCGGGAGCAAGUUCGCGCCCCUCCCGGCGCCGCCACCUUCCUCCCGCCCCAAUCCAAGGAUGGCCCAUCCUGGAGGACCACUAACUACAAACAAGGCUGCCGCGUUAGCGAAGUUCCUCGAGAGAAAACUUCAGCAACCUGAUGGGUUGGAUUCUCUGAAUCCUGAUCUUGUAAAUUUGGCUGUGAAAAAUGCGAAGGAAACUAUUAAGGCUAGCAAGGGUGAGUCCUCGACUUCUGGGAGAGUAGUACGGCAUGUUCCAUCAUUUGAGGAUUCCUCUGAGGUUUCUGAUCAAGAGGAGCAGAGGAAGGCAAAGAAGAAAAAGAAGAACAAGAGAAAAACAAAGGCUGCGAAAGAGUCCAAGCUCAACAAAACAUCAAAGAAGAAAAAGUUAUCACUAUGAUUCUCGAAUCUUGCUGCAAUUAGGGAGCUAAAAGCAGGCAGUUGUCGAUACCUUUUGCGUUUCUUAGUUCUCUUGAUUCAGCGGAGCCUCCGUCAGUACUGUAAACCUAGCUGUGAUCCAUAUAUGGAAUCCUGAAGGGGGCCCCUCACAGUGAACAAGAACACUUGGGAGAUCCCCUGGGGCAAAACAGAAUGCAGUCGGUCUGGUCUAGCGGUCUGCUUUUGCCAUUAGAUUUACUCGCGAAAGUUCCAUGUAUUCUGCACUUUAUUGCUGUUGCCAAAUGCUAUAUACACUGAAGCGCAAUGAUGCAGAGAUA